AUGACUGUUAUCAUAACAUGCCCGUGUCAUUGUCAGACAUGUGUGAUUGAGGCGGACAAACCCGGAAGAGCGUCAGCCUGCGUCACCGUGGGCGCGGUGCUGGAUCCACCAAUCACACUGGAUUUCCUGCAAGUUAAGCAUCUUAAAAGAAAGAGAAAAAGUAAUUACAGUGUGAGAGAGACACAGACUCUCAUCCGAGAAAUCCACAAGAGGAGCAAUGUCCUGUUUUCCAGACAGCAGAACACCGCCAUCAAUGAGCUGAAGAGACAGGCAUGGGAGGAGGUUGCCCGAGGAGUCAACUCACUUGGUGAAGGAGAGCUCCGAACUGCAGCUGAAGUAAAGCGGCGUUAUCUGGACUGGCGUUCCCUGAUGAAACGGAAACAGCUCCAGGCCGAACUGUCCCUGUCCUCCUCCUCUUCCUCCUCGCUCACACUGAAGUCUGAAUAUGAAGCAUCUUCUCCAGAGGCUGCGUCCCUCACCUCGUCCUGGGACCAGCUGUUGGACCUGUCUGCACUGCCCAAAGACACCCACUGCGACUGGUCAGAGCUCAGCCUGGGGGAUCAGGGCGGCCAGGCCAUGAUAGCACCUCUGGGUGUCAAGAUGGAAGAGGACGUCUGUGAAUACAGGCUGGACUGCGAGGGGGACGUGGGCGACGGGGAGAUAGACGAUGACGACAUCCCCUCCCUGCUCAGCGAUAUGGAGUCUCGUGGAGAGGGUCACUCUGCUGAAAUCUACUCCAGCAGUGACCAGGGCCUCCUCAGCUCCUCCAAGGGCCCCACCUCAACUACCUCCACGAACCGGGACGUGACCCUCAACAGCCUGCUGGGGUACGCCCUGCCCGGGAACGCCCUGAGCGACAGCAUGGAGCCUGGCGGGAUCUUGGUGGCGGUGGAGAAGCAGAGGCUGGAGGUGGAAAAGCAGCGUUUGGCCAUCGAGUCCGAGCGCCUGGCGGUGGAGAAGGAGCGUCUGGUGGUGGAGAAGGAACGCCUCCGUCAAAGCAAAACCGAACAAGAGAGGCUGCAGCUGGAGAAGGAGAGGCUGCAUGUGGAGAGGGAGAGACUCAGGCUGAUGCUCAUCAACCAAUCAGAGCACGUCGACUCGUCCCUCAGCCUGCCGCCGCAACAGGGCCCGCCCACAUCCUCCACAUCCUCCAAUCCGGACGGGCCGCUCGGGGAGGGGAAAGAGGGCAGAGGCUGGCUGUCGCUGGUGGAUCUGGAGGCGGAGAGGAUGAGGCUGGACCAGGAGCGGCUUCAGCUGGAAAAGGAGAGACUGCAGUUCUUCAAGUUCGAGUCGCGGAGACUGCAGAUCGAGAGAGAGCGCCUCCAUGUGGAGAAGGAGAGAAUGCAGCUACAUAUAGACCACCAGAACCACUGA